ACUAUCAUUGGGUAUAAUACCGGGUACUUGAACGGCGUGCUUGGAUCCGAGGACUUCACCCGAAUCUACGGCGUCAAACAUAGCGUCACCGGAGACGUAUACUUGACUCCAUAUACUCGGAGCGUAUUCUCUGCGUUAUUCGUCGUUGGAGCUCUUGUAGGAUGUCAGCUAGUAGCACCUCUUACCAAUCUGCUUGGCCGGCGCGGCAACUUGUUCACAGCCUCAAUCAGCUAUGCUGCAGGCGUAGCGCUCCAGACCGCUGGACUUGCCCCACCCAUAUUCAUCGUGGGCCGUAUUUUACUUGGUAUUGCUCUCGGCCUCAUCUCUAUCGCAGUUCCUGCCUAUCUCAUGGAAUGCUCUACGCCAACGAAUCGAGGACAAUUGAUGGCAUUCUACACCCAAUUCCUCACCACAGGCAACGUCAUAGCCUGUGGCAUCAGCCUGGCAACUUCCAAGUAUAACGAUUCCCGGAGUUGGCAGGUUGACCCGGAAGUAGGCAUUACGAUCGCAUUCCAGCUGGUGUUGGCACUGAUCGUUGUCAUCGGUGUCUUUUUCUGUCCCGAGUCGCCACUCCUCCUUGCCAAGAAGAACCAGAAAUCCGAAGCGCGCCGUGCUCUUGCCGUUCUCCGCAACGCAGACGUUAACUCCUUAGAAGUUGACGACGCCAUGGUCGAAAUCGAAAAUUACAUUACAGAUCAGAAUACGCACGGAAGCGCAAGAUUCAUCGAGUGUUUCCGAGGAACCGAUCUCAGAAGAACUCACAUUGGCGUGGCGAUGUCAUUCUUCACUAUAUCCACAGGCAUCACCUUCUGGUUCGGCUACGGAACAACCUUCUUUGCCGCGGCGGGUGUCGACGACUCGUACCUGAUCUCUCUGGUUCUCGCCAUCACCAAUUGCGUCUUCACAGCACCUUCCAUGUAUCUCAUUGAGCGUCUGGGAAGGAGAAGAUCUUUGAUCGCGGGCGGGAUCCUUAUGGGGCUCGCCCAAUUACUCACCGGCGUCAUCCAUAGCGCUGCUCCGGACAGCAAAGCUGACAAGAUGAUGCUGAUCGGUAUUGGGGGCUGGCUGUUGAUGACAGAGCCUCUGUCCGACCGUGCGAGAAAUUACCAAUCUUCCAUCGUGUUGACGGCAUACUGGAUCAUCACGUGGCUGGUUGGAUUUGUUACGCCUUACAUGAUUGAUGAGACUGCCGGAGACCUCGGAGUCAAGGUGUCCUACAUCUGGUUUGGCAUGACUGUUCUGUCUCUGGUCUGGGCAUACACCUGUGCCCCAGAACUCACGGGGCUUUCCAGAAUGGAGAUUGAUAAAUUGUUUGAAGAGAAUGUGCCUGCAUGGUGUUCACGGACGUGGCAGAAGAACCUUCGAACCAUUCACGCAGUUUCUGAGUCUGGUCCAGACAAGGCCGUCGUUAUUGAAGAAAGGAUGCAGUCUAAGAGGGAACAGUCAACUUAG